AUGGGAACAGGUAACCAGACAUGGGUGAGUUCAUUUAUUCUCCUGGGUCUGUCUAGUGACUGGAAGACUCAGGUCUUGCUUUUUGUCCUGUUCCUGGCAAUGUACCUGGUGACGGUGCUUGGGAAUAUCCUUAUCAUCAUUCUGAUCCGCCUUGACAGUCACCUCCACACACCAAUGUAUUUCUUUCUCACUAAUCUCUCUCUUGUGGAUGUUUCUUACGCUACCACCAUUGUCCCCCAAUUAUUGGUUCAUUUUCUGGAAGAAGAGAAAUUAAUUCCAUACCUGAGUUGUGCCACCCAGUUAUUUUUCUCCCUGGGACUAGGUGGGAUUGAAUUUGUUUUGCUGGCAACAAUGGCUUAUGACCGCUAUGUGGCAGUUUGCAACCCUUUGCGCUAUUCAGCCAUCAUGCACGGCGGGCUUUGCGUCAGGCUGGUGACUGCCUCCUGGGUUGGUGGUUCCCUGAACUCUCUCAUGCAGACAGCCAUCACUUUUCAGCUUCCCAUGUGCACAAACCGUAUCGUUGACCACAUAUCAUGCGAACUCUUAGCCAUCGUCAGAUUAGCCUGCGUGGAUACCUCCUCCAAUGAGGUGGCAAUAAUGGCUUCCAGCAUCGUCCUGCUCAUGACCCCAUUCUUGCUGGUUCUGCUGUCCUAUAUCAAGAUCAUCUCUACUAUCCUGAAGAUCCAGUCCACAGAGGGAAGGAAGAAAGCCUUUCAGACCUGUGCCUCCCACUUGACAGUGGUGGCUUUGUGCUAUGGGAUGGCUAUUUUCAUUUACAUUCAGCCCCACUCAAGCCCCAAUAUCCUUCAAGAGAAGAUGAUCUCACUGUUCUAUGCCCUAUUAACACCCAUGUUGAACCCUAUGAUUUAUAGUGUGAGGAACAAGGAAGUGAAGGGAGCAUGGCAGAAACUGCUAGGACAGUUCUAUGAAUUAAAGUCAAAGCUCACCUCCUCAUGA